UAAAAGUAUUAAUUGGUUUUAUUUCCUCUGGUUUCUUUGACAACGAUUUUUCUGUUUAAGAAAGUGAUUCAACCUAUUUUCUUAAUUGUUGCGUCUAUAAUUUAAACAAAAAAUGAACAACCUGUAUGGGAAAUACGGAAAGAGACAACUGAUACAUCAUGACUGUGUGGGAUAUCAUAUGAGUACAAUCACUUAUUCUUCCAUUGGCGAAAAGAUCAAGAGUUCUAGUCGACUUUCUAUAGCAAACAGAAAUACAGAAAUUCUAAAAAAGAGCAGUCCAUCCGAACGAGGAAAGGAUUAUAAUAUCAGUAGGAUUCCAGUACUACAGAGUAGGAAACUUAUCGACUCCAAAUUAUCAUCUUGAUUUUUCUUCUAAAUAUGAAUAUUCCAAAGUCAUCAAGAACUAUAUAAAGUGCAAUUGUCUCUCUGAAAAGAAGAACAAUAUAGCCCAAAUGGGCAAAAAAAAUUUCACAAUGACAAUUUUGUGGACCGAGUGAGUUAUAAUAUAAAAGACAAUGUUUAUGCUCGAAAUUCAUAUGAAAGGGAAGUAUUCAGUUCAGACACAUCAAGCACUGAUCUACCGACCUUCUGUCAAUGCAGAAUUGGCACAGAAAGAAAUGUCAAACAAAAAGUGCCAACUGAUAAUGCGAUCUUCAAUGGAAGGAGAGAAAUUAUUUCAAAAGGAAAAAUCAAUCUACUCCAAUAUGGCCAAAUGGGAAAGAAUUACACAGAUAAGAUUCAUUCGCACAGCAUCAGGCAGAGUUAUGAGUCACCGGUAGCGACAGGAGUUGAAAUGAACCUUCUUGACAAGAAUGUAUUCUCCACUAUUACACAAAGACAUUGCAAUUAUUUUUCAUUUAAAAAGUACAAGUCCACAUCAACGCAAUAUGAAAGGGAGCCAGGCAGAAACUGGACCCAAACGUUACAAGUUGCAGUUCAAACUGACGAAUCUGCCAGUACAGUCAAUGGUACUGUGCAAACUGAAGAAAAAAAUGUUAUGAGUCAAGAGUCCCAAACAUCCAUCUUAACAGCAAGCAAUGUUGUUCUUAUCAACAUAAAGCAUAGUCAAUCAGGAAAACAGAAAAUUGGAAAAAUAAAUGAAAAAAGGCAGAUGCAAGUCGAAAAACCAAGACUAAAAUCUGGAGAUAUGAGUUGCACAGAGAAAGCAAUUAAAUUGACCAACUAUCCAAACAAGGACCAGUCCAAACAAGAUGCCUAUCAAGUUCCGAAAAAAUAUCGUCUCAUCUCCAGGUCAAUGCUAUCGAACAUAGACUAUCAAGGAAUUACCAAAGAACUAAAAUCAAAGUCCGCUAUGAAUAAUGAGAGCGAGAUAACUAGCAGAAAAUUUCUUUUCAAAGAAAAGAGACCAAGUCGAUAUCACAGUUCAUUGCCUCCGGCAAAUGAUGAUUGGUCUAAAAAAAAUCCUGGGUGCCUUCAAAUAUCACCAUUUGUUGAAAGCAAGCAGGGAGAAGUAGCGCUGAACGUUUUUAACGAAAGGCCAGAACAAAAGGUGCAGGUUCUGAAAAACAGCAGGAGCAGUCCAUCGUCGACGUACAGUGCCAAAUUUAAUGAAUAUUUUUCUACAGAGUGUCGGCAUGAAAAUAAAGAAUUUAAGAAUACUAAAGAAAUGAUGUCUAGUGCAGACACAUUUUCUACUUUAUCCCGGCCAAUGUACAAGCGAAGAAAAUUAACUGACGCCAAUUGCGAUCCUGGAACGUAUGUGGACCUUUUUUCAAAAUUGGAAAAUAUUUUGAGUGAUGGUCGAAAGAAGUCCAUUGAAAACCACCUGAAAUUCAUGAACUGCUUAAGCCAUGACAUCAGGGGGGAUGAAGAUAAUAGCUGCGUGGUGGAAUCGACAAUUUCCAAUGUUUCAACUGGCUCUUGGAUAUUGAGAGAACAGGACUUUUCCAGUCCAGGUUCUUCUAAUGACGAGAUGUCUUCCACCACCAUACAGAUAAAAAAUAGAACAAAGAGAAAAAUCAAGACAUCCCAAUCUAUGAAACACAAUCCAAUUAGACCGUAUACAUCAGACACAAGUGAAUCUAGUGAGGAAAAUUAUCCGUUUAAACCAAAAUCUAAAGUCGUCCUACAUAAUAGAAAACAACACGAUGACAGAACACAGACACACCAAAAUCAGAGGAAAAUAAGAGAAUUAAAAAUGUCAGUGACUGUAGACGGUUUAGAUGACAUGGAAAUGAUUGUAUAUUAUGCAAAGAAAUAUCCGACCACUCGAAGGAAUGUUCAACUUGGGCACAAAGAUAUUGAAAUAACCAAAUCAAUUACAACAUGUAUUGAUUUGGUUAAAUCAAUUAUUCAAUCAGUCUUUCCACCGCUGUAUGGUACGUCCGAUAAGCCAUCAACACAGAUCGUUGAUGUACAAACGAAAGAUUGUCAAAAAGAGCACAGCGAAGACUNAGAUAAAAGACAUAUAAAAGUGGUAAUUCGUAAUUAUAAUACCGAAAAUGGUAUUGCUUUGGUGCUCUCCUAG